CUUGCAGAUUUGCGCUCACCUUUUUUGCUGUGUCACGGCUUCGAAUCAAAGCGGGGAAAGGAUUUUACUCUAGAGGUCUUCUAGACCUCUUACUUUUCCCACAAUGGAGCAGCAAUCCAACAGGUCGCAUCGAGCCACCAAGGAGAAGAAAAAGUAUGAUGGACCGAACCCUAAAGCUUUUGCCUUCUCGAACCCUGGCAAAUUGAACAAGGCCGGCGCGAGAUCGCACGAUAUCAAAGAAAAGAGACUUCAUGUGCCUCUCGUGGAUCGUCUGCCCGAAGAGGCGCCUCCUCUCAUUGUCGCCAUCGUCGGACCACCUGGAGUGGGCAAGACGACCCUUAUCAAGUCCCUCGUCCGUCGCUACACGAAACAGACCCUCAGCACACCGAAAGGCCCCUUGACUGUGGUCACCUCGAAGAAACGUCGUCUCACGUUCCUCGAAUCGCCCUCCGAUUCCCUCGCUAGCAUGAUCGAUGUCGCCAAGAUCGCUGAUAUCGUGCUGCUGAUGAUCGACGGUAACUAUGGAUUCGAGAUGGAGACCAUGGAGUUCUUGAACGUCCUUGGCUCCCACGGUAUGCCCGGUAACGUUUUCGGUAUUCUGACCCAUCUCGACCUUUUCAAGAAGCAGAGCACUCUGCAGGCCGCCAAGAAGCGUCUCAAGCACCGUUUCUGGAGCGAACUUUACAACGGCGCCAAGCUCUUCUACCUCUCCGGAGUCGUCAACGGUCGUUACCCCGAUCGCGAAGUCCACAAUCUCUCCCGCUUCCUGUCCGUGAUGAAGAACCCUCGACCCCUCGUAUGGCGUAACUCCCACCCCUACGCCCUCGCAGAUCGCUUCUUGGAUAUCACGCCACCCACCCAGAUCGAGGAGGACCCGAAAUGUGAUAGAACGAUAGCUCUUUAUGGUUACCUGCGCGGUACCAACUUCUCGGCUCAGGGAGCGCGGGUGCACGUUCCGGGAGUCGGUGAUUUGACGGUCUCCGCUAUCGAGUCUCUGCCGGAUCCGUGCCCGACACCGUUCUUCGAGCAGCAGGCUGCAAAGGCCAACGGCAAGACCAGCCGGCGCCGAUUGGGGGAUAAGCAAAAGCUCUUGUUCGCGCCCAUGUCUGAUGUUGGUGGUGUGUUGGUGGAUAAGGAUGCCGUUUACAUUGACGUGAAAACCUCAAACUUCGAACGAAACGAGGACGAGUCCGACGACGAUGAGCGCGGUCUUGGCGAGCAACUGGUUGUUGGCCUGCAGGGUGAGCGCAAGCUUCUCGGUGAAGCUGACGGCGGUGUCCGCCUCUUCCGUGGUGGUGAAGCCAUUGCAAAGGCAGACGAGGAUGACGGUGCUGCUGGAAGAAAACACAAGCGCCACGCUCGGUUCCUCGACGGCGAGAACAACAAUGCCGAUGUUGUGGACGAUGAAGACGAAGGUUUCGAGAGCGCAGAGGAUGAGGAUGAUGCCGAAGAGCUGGACGAAGAUGAACUGGAGGAGGACAUUAGCGAGGAUGAAGAGAUUGAUGCUUCCGCACCCGCAGAUUUCGAAGCCAACUUCAGGGAGAGGCAAAACGGCAAUGCUCGCCAGACCGAAGGUGAUCUUGAGUUUGCUGAUAGCGACUCUGAUCUCGGCUCUAUCUCAUCCGUGGAGGACCAGAUUUUGGAGAGUGACGACGAGGAGGACUCUGACGAUGAGGAGAAUGCUCGCUGGAAAGAGAACAUGCUUGCUAAUGCCAAGUCACUUCACUCGAAGCGCCCGAAGUUCCGCAUCACUGAUUUGUCGCGGAUGCUGUACGACGAAUCCAUCGCCCCUGAGGCCGUGAUGCCCAGAUGGAGCGGUCGUGAUGAGAACGAAGACGAGGACGAGGACGAGGAUGAGCAGGAAGAGGACACCUUCUUCAAGAAGACCGGCGCCGAGCAGAAGGAAGAAGAGGAGUUCCGUCAUAUUCCUGAGUUUGACUACGCCAAGCUGGAAGAGAAGUGGCAGGAUGAGGAGCUUAUCGAGUCUUUACGAAGCAGAUUUGUCACGGCCAAGUUGUCUGGUGACGGUGACGAUGAUUCGGAUAUGGACGAUGCCUUUGGCUCGGACGACGAAGGAGAUGGUGAAUUCGAGGACCUGGAAACGGGCGAAGCUUUCAACGGUCUUUCCGACGACGAAGAGGGUGGCGAGGAGGGUGAGAAAGAGGAGGGUCCCGUCGAUCUGGACGCAGAGCGUGAGCGCAAUGCGAAGAAGAAAGAAGAGCUACGACUCCGCUUCGAGGAGGAAGAUCGCGAGGGAUUUGCAAACUCCAAGGAUAACUCGCGCAAGGAUGGUGGAGGGGAUGAGGAGUUCGGGGAGGACGACUGGUACGACAUGCAGAAGGCUAAGCUACAGAAGCAACUCGACAUCAACCGCGCCGAGUUUGAUCUGCUCGACCCGGCUUCCCGCGCCCGAGCGGAAGGUUUCAAGGCCGGCACAUAUGCACGUAUCGUUCUCGAGAAGGUGCCCUGCGAGUUCGCCACGAAGUUCAACCCUCGCUACCCCGUCAUUGUGGGUGGCCUGGCACCCACCGAGGACCGCUUCGGCUAUGUCCAGAUCCGCAUCAAGCGCCACCGCUGGCACAAGAAGAUCCUCAAGAGCGGCGAUCCCCUCAUCUUUUCCCUCGGCUGGCGCCGCUUCCAGUCCCUGCCGAUCUACAGCACCUCCGACAGUCGGACGCGUAACCGUAUGCUCAAGUACACCCCCGAACACAUGCACUGCUUCGCUACCUUCUACGGCCCGCUGGUGGCGCCCAACACCGGUUUCUGCUGCUUGCAAUCCUUCUCCAACAAGGCCCCUGGCUUCCGCAUCGCCGCCACCGGUGUGGUGCUGAACGUCGACGAACACACCGAGAUCGUCAAGAAGCUCAAGCUGACGGGUGUUCCCUACAAGAUCUUCAAGAACACCGCCUUCAUCAAGGACAUGUUCAACUCCUCCCUGGAGAUUGCCAAAUUCGAGGGCGCCUCGAUCCGCACCGUCUCCGGCAUCCGCGGUCAGAUCAAGCGCGCGCUGAGCAAGCCCGAGGGCUACUUCCGUGCCACCUUCGAGGACAAGAUCCUCAUGAGUGACAUCGUCUUCCUGCGGGCCUGGUACCCGAUCAAGCCCCACCGCUUCUACAACCCGGUCACCAACCUGCUGGAUCUGGCCGAGGAGGGCGCGGCGGACAGCGGCUGGCACGGCAUGCGUCUCACCGGCGAGGUCCGGCGCGAGAAGGGCAUCCCCACCCCGCUCGAGAAGGACUCGGCGUACCGCAAGAUCGAGCGCCCCGAGCGUCACUUCAACCCGCUGCGUGUGCCGCGCCAGCUGGCCACGGACCUGCCCUUCAAGUCGCAAAUCACCAAGAUGAAGCACCACAAGGACAAGACUUACAUGCAGAAGCGGGCGGUGGUCCUCGGAGGCGAGGAGAAGAAGGCGCGCGACCUCAUGCAGAAGCUCAACACCAUGCGCAACGAGAAGCAGGCCAAGCGCGCGGCGAAGCAGGAGGAGCGCCGCAAGGUGUACCGCGCCAAGGUGGCCGAGGGUCUGGAGAAGAAGGCGGAGCGCGAGAAGAGAGAGCGCGAUGACUACUGGCGUCGUGAAGGUAAGAAGCGGAAGGCCCAAGACGGAGAAGGGGGCGGCGGUGGCAAGAAGCGCAGGUAGAGCACCUAGUUGCUUUUUUCAGGGUCAGGUUAUUUACAGGUUUAUUUCAAAAGUUGCUUCUGUGAAUAAUAUCCAUGUGUAUCUAUGUGCAUGCUGCAUGGGAUGGAUGGCGUUGAGUUUUGUUGCUUGGACCCUAUUUCUUCUCUGAC